UCUCGGGACGGAAGCUUAUUCCUGCCAGUCAGUCUUUCGGUCUGGAUGCUGUUUCAUUCGCGUGGCGUUGAACAAUCUCCAGCAAAUCGGCAAGAAAUCUCCGACGGCUGAGAUUCAGUCAGUCUUGGACGUGGCGCGACGCGGCUCAGACGUCGUUUCGUAUCGAUGGGUGCUAAAUAGAGGCGUAGGUUACCGUCGAACCCCUAUCUCAGCGAGUGGCGGCCGAGCGACUAAUUGGAUGAUUGGUUGUGCUUUUGUGGUGAUUUAAGGUUAAUGUCAAGUUAUGCGGAAGAUGUGUGUGCCGUUGCGACAAGCCGAGAUUGCACGAUUCUCGAAAGGGAAUUAGCCCUAAUGUGAUUUGUGUAUAGGUUUUUCGGGCGUUUUAUCAAAGUUACAUCGUCCUAAGGGGCGUAUGAUAAGAUGAAUUUGUGCAAGUUUUGAUAUUAGACACAAAUAAUGAAGUGAUCGUGACUUUGAGGUCAAUGGCACCGCAAACAGAAAAAAAAAUACAAAUUAUUCGAAUUAUCAGUAUCGUUACAUUUCCAGCCAGUUAAGUGGUCUGGAAACAUAUGAAUUUGUUGUCAAAAUAGAAACCAAAAAUAAUGUGAGGUUUAAAAAAAUAUCGAUGGAAACAUCCUACGUUGGCCACUUAGUGCACCACAGUGAAUGGAUGAAUGAAAAAUUAUGUGAGUGAUAGCCACCACAGAAGUGAAUCUAGAUGACAUUUUAUGAGCUGGCGCUUUGAAAAUAUCCUGCACCAAAUGCACUUGUGAAAAAGCGUUGUAAUAAACUGCUGAUCGUUCAAGUGAAAAAAAAUACUCCAUACUGCGAAUAGGUAGUAAUUAGUGCAAUUUGAAAAAGGUUAUAGGAACAUUCGUCGCUAUAAUUAAACGCACACGUAAAUUAUUGUUCAAAUGAGACCCAACUGAUUUUCGCAUCAUUUCCCCGCCUACGGAAAAUGCAUCAAACCAAACAAUCGGUGUAAAUUGAUGGAUUAAAAAAAAAUCAGCGGUGAAAAAGGCAACAAUCAAUUGUACUUCCGUGAUCGUAAUUGCAUAUAAACGGAUGAAUGGUUUCUUUAAAAAUGUAUAUCAAUCCGGUGUUGUAUGAUAAUAAAUUGUAAGUGUUAAUCGGCGCGAUAAAACAAUUUUACAAGGCUAACAGAAGUGAAAUUGUGCAAGCGUGUCAGUGCCAUAGUGUGAGUUUACCCACAAAAAAAAGAAUAGCAUUCUUUGUGAAAUAUAAAACGACUUUAUCUCCAACGAAAACGCAGAGGACAGGAAGUGAGGCAAGCAAAAGGAUACAAAGGAAGUGCGCUAGAAGAAAGUUUAAGUCGAUUUUCCGAGGCGAACCAACGGAAAGCGUUUUUUCCCCCUUCUGUCGACAGUGCCAACGAAAAGAGGACAUCCCAUCCACGCAAGAAGUAUUUCCCAAAUAUGCCGAACUGGGAGACACAUUGUAAAUAUUAGGAUUCCCUCUCAUCACGAACUUAAAAAUACAGCAAUAGUUUCAAAAUGAAAUUCCCCCCGUUUGUGCCAGCGCAUUUACUAUUCCUCACACUUUUAACGGUUCUCUGCCCUAAUGGUGGGCAGGUUAGUGGCGCCGGUCCCCGCGGUGCCUGGAAUGGAUGGACCACACCCCACUCCCACCCCCAGCUGACUUCGUCCGGCGGCGGUGGCGAUGACAAUGGUUCAAUAACGCGAGAAAUUAUUUAUUCAAGAACAACAAACUCGGUCGUGAACAGGACGGUAAAAAACAUAUCAACUCCAGUGAAACGGGACGUAAUUAAAGUGCAAGAAUCUCCAUUAUCGUCCUCUGCGUCAUUAUCAGCGCCGUCAGCUUCGCGGAUCAUAGAGCCCGCGGAUCCGCUCGUUACCGGUGCAUCGGUGCUGUCGGCGCUGGAUUCCGACGAGAGCAGCGCAUCCUCCUCCUCUUCCUCCUCCUCCUCCUCCUCCUCCUCCUCUUCCUCCUCCUCCUCCUCCUCCUCCUCCUCCUCCUCCUCCUCCUCCUCCUCCUCCUCCUCCUCCUCCUCCUCCUCCUCCUCCUCCUCCUCCACGGGGCCAGCGUUGCAUUUCAAUGGUGCAAUUUGUCGCCACGGAAGCAAUCCGGCGGACCCGAUGGCUACGGUUUGCACCAACGGCACCAAAGCCGGCGAUAAUCAAACGGCCACCCCGUACUACACCAUCGUCAAUCUGGACGACCAUAAUGACGUCGUGUGCGACGAGGAGUACGAAACGGAGGAGUACAACGAGAACUGCUUUAUCAAUCAUAACGUGACCUGCGUUGGGGACCCUUUAUUCUGCAAUCUGACCUACGAGGAGUACCAGCAGCUGCUGAUGGAUUAUAUCUAUCCUUCGACGGGCGAAUGGAUCCUCAUCGCGUCGCACACGGUUGUGUUCAUCAUGGGGCUGGUUGGCAACGCCUUGGUUUGCAUCGCUGUCUACACGAACCACACGAUGCGCACCGUAACGAACAUCUUCAUCGUGAACCUCGCGGUGGCGGACUUUUUCGUGAUUCUGUUCUGCCUGCCACCGACCGUGGUCUGGGACGUGACCGAGACGUGGUUCAUGGGGAAAGUUCUCUGCAAAGUCGUCAUCUACUUUCAGACGGUCUCGGUGACGGUAUCGGUCCUGACGCUCACGUUCAUCUCCAUCGAUCGGUGGUACGCCAUCUGCUUCCCCCUGCGCUACAAACCACGGCCGGAACGAGCCUGGCGUUUCAUCGCACUCAUCUGGCUGAUUGGCUUCCUCUCAGAUUUUCCCGAGCUCCUAGUGCUGACGACAAAGCGAAGAAAGUUACGCUUCGACAUCAAGCUGUUCACCCAAUGUGAGGCUACCUGGACCAAGGAGCAGGAGAAGAUGUUUUACAUCGUCAGAUUUGUGUUGCUCUACUCGCUGCCACUUCUAUUCAUGACGAUAGCGUACUUCCAAAUUGUACGAGUACUGUGGCGAUCGGAUACCAUCCCGGGCCACAGGGAAUCACGAUCGCAGCCCUGCGGAAUUCACAGUACCCGUACCACGUUGAACUGCGUCGGCAACACGAGUACAAUGGGCCAGCUGAGGGCUCGCCGGAAAGCGGCGAAGAUGCUGGUCGCGGUUGUCAUUAUGUUCGCCGGAUGCUACUUCCCGGUGCAUAUGCUGAACGUGGCAAGAUACACGUUCGAUAUCGGUCAGAGUGACGUCGUGGCUGUGAUGUCGCUGUUUUCGCAUUGGCUCUGCUAUGCCAACAGCGCUGUCAAUCCUGUGAUUUAUAACUUUAUGAGUGGUAAAUUCCGGCGAGAGUUCAAGCACGCUCUCGAGAAGGGCCACUGUCUGCGGAACCCUCGCGGGCUGGGCGGCCGGGUAAGGGGCUACGAUGACCGGUCGAUGUACCACACGGCAACCCGGAUGAACGCGAGCCCGAGCACCAGGAGCAACUAUCACCUGACGAGUGUAAGAAAUCACACCCAGCAGACAUCGUUCAACGGAAGCCGCCAUCACCAUGCCCGGAACAGUAUCAAUCAUCCGGGCAGUUUAACCGCACAGCAGAUCUCGCCGGUUUCGCUCGAGGAGCGACUCGCACUAACUAAAAACGUGGAUGGUUGCGAGCGGAAUGGCCACCAGCGGCGUCAGCAAUAAUAGCCCACCCUGGUCAUCGCUACACUAGUCUUUCCGGAAGUCAAAAUAAGUCAACCGUAACGAACAAUAGCUGUAAUCACUAUCCUGGGUGAAGGGGUGGUGUAAUGGAAAUCGAAGGAAGAAAGAAGGGUGGCCACCCUGCUAAUGACCAAGAAUCAAUCGAGCCGUUGUGAGAUUAAUGACAAAGCCAAUGUGCAACGUUGCACUAGCUGCGAUCUAUUUUCUGCAAUCAAGCUAAUGAGAUAGGGAAAAAGUGACAACAAAUAAGUCCAUGAAGGGUAUUGACAUUUAGACUCUGGAACUAAUUUUUCAGAUCUCUUUAUUUGUACAAUCUCAAUAUCACAACAUAAAAAAUUAUUUUUCAAGUGUUUAGCUGAAUUCCAAUGUGAUGUUGGGGAACAUCACAAUUCAUGCCAACCUGCAUUGAAAGAUAAGAAGUUCGAAAUUCAAAUCCAUUCGAUUAAAAGCUCGUAUUGCAUUCAAAUAAACAUCAUCGUCAUUUCACGAAAUGUUUUCAAUCCGUGUCACGACAGCUGAGGAUAAAACGAUGAGCUGAAACGAUUCGAAGAUGAAACAUAACCCCUACUGUACAAAGUGAUGUAGAUUCGAUUAAGCUAGAGUUAGUUCAAAAGGAUGCUCGAUGAAAUCAGAACAUCACAUCGUGUAGAAUCCGGAACAAGAAACUAUCAUCUGUUAGGAAUAAACUUGAAAUAACAAAAAUAGGUAGUGAGCAUAUGUCGCCUAGAAUUGUUCAUUCGAAGCUAAAUACAAGUCUGCUUAUCUGUGAAUGCACAUUGUAAACUAGAUAAGGACGACAGAGAGUGCAAGACCAUGUUUCCAGGGCUGGAUGGGACGAAAAAUCACGACGAGGACGAAGACGACACACAGAUUUAGCGGAUUCAGAAAAACAAAAGAUCCUCGGUUCGAAACGGAACGCUCCUGCUUAUGCUGUUGAAUAAUACAUAAAUACCCCCACACGUGCUGUGUGUGUAUGUAUGCGUUGGCAACAGCAACAAAGCGGAAAUGAAAAUCCUUUCGUUGUCCAAAUCCUUGACUGUACGGAACAAAAUGGGCAAUCUUGAAACUAACGAGCGACAGUUUUUGCACAACGUACAGGAUUUUCGUGUCCGUUUCGCUGAUCCGAGGUGAAAGUAAAAAGGUUGAAUCACUAGACUAUGGCGGAGCAAGCGCGCCGAACAAAUUUAAAACGAGUUUUGAAAGCACACACACACACAAAUUAAAUGAAAUCCACUGUAAAUAUUAUUUGUUACGGAAAAAAGAUACUAAUAGACUAAGAAAUGAGUAAAGAAAACAGACUUGUUGGUCGUAAAGAGAUUCCUUCUUCCACAUUUCUCCCUCCAACAUGUGCAAAGUUUCUAGCUUUGAAAUAAAAAAAACAGUUGUAACACCUUCUGUAUAGUUAAGAUACACUGAAAAAAUAUGUGAUGCCGUUUAGUUUGCUCUUUUUCAUGAAAUGUACUUAUACAAUAGAAAAAAAUUAAAAUGAGUGCAUGAGCAUUCGAGGCAACUAGAGAAAAGCCAAUUUCAUAUACAUGUACAUACCCACAGAGAUCUGUUGGUCGUAAUCAAAAUUAUCACUAUAGAUAUAAAAUUAUAACGAUUGCAUCGUCAACUAUGGGAAUACAACCAUAGCUGCGGAACCUGUAACUGUAAGUCAGGACAAAGUGAACCAAAUUCAUAUGAAAGU